AUGAUCACUACUAUCAUCGGAGAGCACAGGCUCUCAACAGCCAUUUUACUCGCUUCAGUGGUUGGUGGGAUGUUCAUAUUGUCCUCUCUACGACGUCCCAGAGGAAGGGGCUGUACCAUCUCUGGACCUAAACCAUGGCCUUUGCUCGGGAACAUUGUAGGAAUCAACAUGAACGCACCUUGGCUAAGCUACAUGAACUUGACCAAGGAGUUUGGCAAGAUCUUCCUCACCACCGCAUUCGGACUUGAUAUCGUCGUCAUCAGCGAUGAGGCAAUAGCGCGCGAACUUCUCGACGUUCGUUCUAGCAAGUACUCAGGGAGACUGUCGUACCCGACAGCCAAGCCUUACGGUUUCGAUUUUCAUACGGCUUAUCGUGAUAUGCAGCUACGCAAGGCGCACCAGCUUGUUACCAACAUCCUAGAGUCCCCGGACAAUCACCGUGAACAUAUACAAACGUUCGCGUCGUCGGUUAUACUGUCGGCCGCAUAUGGGUAUCAAGCUCGCCCCAUCAAAGACCGGCUCGUCGAGAAAAUGACACACACACUUGAGGUCAUCAUUCAGGCCGUUUCACCAGAGAAGGCCCUGUUAGUGGGGUUAUUACCGUUUGUUAAAUACAUCCCGUCGUGGUUACCCGGUGGAAGUUUCAACGCAGCAAGCUGUCGAAAAAGUAUAGGAGAGCUUUCCCAUGGGCCAUUUCUCUGUCUUAAAGAGACUAUCGAAUCCGAAUCUUCGGUCCCAAGUUUAGGUUACUCGGGAGUAUCUCGUCAGUCGCAGAUUUCCGUCAACGCACCCUGGGCUAGCGAUCAGCAAUUAGCUCAAGAUGUGUGCCUUUCUGCAUUCUCUGGUGAGGAGCAAUUUUCACAUCCAUUUACCUUCUCGACGCUGUUCGUCUUCGUAUUGGCGAUGGUACUUCACCCAAAAGUGCAGGAGCGCGCCUACGCAGAAAUCAUGAGCGUCUGCGGCAUUGGUCGCAUCCCUACUUUUGAUGAUCGUCAGGCCCUCCCCUAUGUGGACGCUGUUAUACGCGAGACACUGCGCUGGUAUCCAGUCGUCCCCAUGGGAAUCCCUCAUACCGCAACCGAAGAUGAUAUCUACGGAGACGAUUUGAUACCCAAAGGCACGAUUAUCAUUGUAAACGUGUGGGCAUUGACCCAUGACGAGGCGCGCUUCCCUCGAGCAAGCGAGUUCAUCCCAGAGCGGUUUCUUACCGACGAAGGAACUUUGACAGACGAAAGAGUGGACUUCGCUUUUGGCUUUGGUAGGCGUGUCUGCCCCGGAAACCAUUUCGCGGAUGCAUCAAUUUGGGCAGCCGUUGCCUCCAUGAUCACUGCGUUCCGCUUCGAAAAGGUCAAGGAUGAACAGGGGAGAGACAUAGACUUCGAACCCGCGUGGGCGUCUGGGACAACGUCGUAUCCGCAACCUUUCCCUUGUCGCAUAGUACCCAGAAAUCCGGGAUUCGAUGAAAACACUUUGUCACGGCUGUAGAGAUCCAAGUGCUGGAAGUUUCUAAGGAGGGCGCAAAGGCUCGAGGCUUCGAGGCUUCAAAUUACUCGAGGAUAACAUUUUGUCGCGCAAAAUUGCGUAUAAUUUGGGAAACAACUCGAACAAUCAACAUAUGAGUUAAC